CUUUAAGUAAUUAGUGAUAAUAUUUCUCCAUUUAAUAUUUUUUUCUUCAAUAUCAAUGAUAGCAUCUUUCCAUGUAUCACAGCACAUCAUGUGUUCCUGAUGAUUGAGUGAAAUAAUAAUAUGAUUUACUCCACAAAGCUGCUGAACUUAACCCUCUUUAUUUAUUAUUUGUUCCAUUAUACCCAGCAUGCACCUCCACCGUAUCGCCUUCUCCUUCUUCCUCCUGCUGGUUGCCGGGGCAGCCGUGCUGUGUGUCAACGUGACAACAGUGCUCCAGGGUUUCCGUGGAUGCACAGUGAGGGAGUUCUCCUUUGUGGCCCACAAGCCUGGCUGCAAGGGGCUGCGCAUCACCACAGAGGCCUGCUGGGGGCGCUGUCACACGUGGGAGAAGCCUGUACCAGAACCCCCCUACAUCCACCGUCACCACCGUGUGUGCACGUACAACCGCAGUCGCCACAUGACCGCCCGGCUGCCCGGCUGCCAGCCUGACGUCUCCCCUCUCUACCACUAUCCCGUGGCUCUGGAGUGCCACUGCGAUGUGUGCUCCACACAGGACACAGAGUGUGAGACCUUCUGACAGACAAGGCUCUCCUCUCCCUAAACGCUUCCAUCAACAGUGUGAUGGCGGAGUAUGAACUGAAAAAAGAUAAAAACAUGUGAUUCAAACUUUAAGUUGGUGGUGAUAGCACUUAGAAAGAUAUAACAGCAGGAUGUUUAUACUGAAAAACAAAAAAAGUCCAGGAAGAUGGAUAUUUCAUGACUUUGUCAACUAACAAUAAUGUGCAUCUAUUUUGCAUCUGCUGUAAAAAAUACAAGUAAUGUCAUACUCAUAAUGUUCACGAUACUCGGUUUCUCAUUAUAUAGACUGCACAAAAAUUAACAUUGAAUGCAUUUUGUAACGUAACAGUUUUCCUGUCCUUGUGUACCAAGUUAUACCGAAAUUGGAUACAACUAAUAUGUUUGGGAAUACUCACAAAUAAAAUAAAAUAAAAUUCCAGCCCGCAAGUUUUCCUACUUUUACAUCAAUGUCUGAAAAGAAAAAAAAACAGGUAAUAUGCAGUGCGCUGUUUGCAAGAGCUCUUCGUCAGCAUGUAAUACUUAAAGGCAUUAAGGAAAACACACUAUAAGCAAGCAAAAACUAUGGGACGCAGUUACCUGUACCAUAAAACAGGCUUCAAACACAUUAAAGAUGACAUGGGUGAAAAUAAAAGGGAAAGCUAAUGCAAGGGAGGUGAGGGCUGUUAACUCGCUAUUGAUCAUAUGAGUCAUCACAUUAAAGAAAUGGAUGGGUCAUUAUUACCAUCACUGGGGUUAGCAGGUGAAACCUCCGCGGGACCCUCAAAACCGGCACCAAAGGAAACAGCCCUCGUUACAGGAGACGCAAAACAUCUUCAGAAACCUAAAGAGGUCCAUUUGCAUGCUUUUCAAACUCUCAGAUUACUGGACAUAGCAUCUGCUUGUCUGCCAUCAAAGACAUGACAGCAGUGCACAUGAAAGGAAAUGGUAACAAUUACAAUGUAUUUACUGAGUAACGCUCCAGAUGUGGGCAGAUUUGCAUUAAUUCCAAAGGCAGGCUGGUCAAAGGCUUUCUACCCAUCAGUGUGUGAAGCACUUUGCUUACCAUGACGCACUGUUUCUUCUUCACUCACCUUUAUUCGCUCUCUGUGUGGUUAUACACAACUCCACGUGUAAUUUCUUCCACAGUUUCUUUUGUCCCGUCUUCCUCCCUUCAUCUCCAACCAGUCUCGGCAGAUGGGCGCCUCUCCCUGAUCCCGGUUCUGCUCCUUCCUGUUAAAAGGGAGUUUUUCCUUCCCGCUGUCACCAAGUGCUUGCUCGUAGGGCGACGUUUGAUUGCUGGGAUUUUGUCUGUACUAAUGUAAUGUCUUUACCUUACAA